ACAAACUGGCAAAAUAUCUUAAACAACAAUAGAUCUUGGAUUUCAUGAUGAAUUGGACAGAUCCAGUUAAAGGUUCCGGAGUUACAGCCCUUGAUUGACUCCCUGAAAGAGCCAAAAUUUGUUAAUUUUUACGUUGUGUCAGAACACGAUAGAAGUGACAUUUUAUUCGAUUUUAACCACACUUACACACAACUUAAGUCACAAUAAGAUCUCAGUUCCUUUUGAAAACCAGCUAGAUUCCAUCAUGGGUUCUAGAGUAUUUUAGGGGCAAAAUUUUCUGUUUUGGUCCUUUCAGCCAUAUAGAGGUUUCAUUUAUGCUUUGGUUUGAUACAAACUUGCAUAGAAUGUUAACCUUGGUGAUCUCUUGGCCAAGUUAGAAACUGGGUCAUAUGGGGUCAAAAACUAGGUCACCUGGUUAGGGCUGUCAUCGAUAGAAACGAUAUCGAUGUAUCAACGAUAUUUUUUGGUCGAUCGAUUAUCGAUUCCCAUUUUCAAAAAUCGAUAUUUUACAGAGAGAAAAAACAACUGUCUAGAUAAACACUCAGACCCUCUAAAACAACUUUUUCUGCCUGCAAAAAUGUGCCGAAAGUAACGGAAGUUGUCAAAAAAGGUCAUGUCAAAACUUGUACCGUAGCAGUCUUUUCCCACUAGCCGGGCUAGCAAGACAUUUCGACCCCAAGACAUUUCAACCCCAAGAGACAAUUCGACCCCAAGACAUUUCAACCCCAACUCCUUGGACAUUUCGACCCCAUUCAAUGAUAUGCCUGAAAACAUCUAAGAAUGCCGUCAUUAUUAUAAUUAAGCUUUAAUCUAUAGAUAAUUGAGCAAUUUCAAAAUGUAAUGAUGCUUAUUUACCGAUUAAAAUGUUAAAAUACGGUUAUUUUCGUGAAAAUAAGAUUUUUUUUUACGAAAAUGAGCCAUAAUUGUCUAAAUUUCUUUAUUUUCUAAAAUUCUUCUUUUUUAAAAUUUCUUAAAGACUAUAUUAGUGAGUGAUUUUUAUCUCACAAUAACGAAAUAAUCAUCAUUUAUAAUUUUAUUUUUUUUAUUAACGAAAAUAACGGGAUUUUUGUAUCAGCCGCGUUUAUUACGUAAAUAAUUUAUGAACAAAUCGUUCUGAUUAUCUAUCUUAAAAUAACCUUCAUAUAACAUUUUUUCAUACUUGGUGUUUAUUUAUAUUUUCAAAUCAUCUUAAAGACUAUUUUAGUACACGGCUAUACUAAAAAAAAGAAGAUUUUUAAAUCAUGGGGCGAUUUUGCUGAUUUUAAUUAUGAAAAUAACUUUAAUAAAGUCACAUCUUUAAUACCUCUUUAUUUAUUUAUUUAUUUUUAUUUGACUUUUGUGUGUGUGUGCGUGCGUGCGUGCGUGCGUGCGUGUGUGUGUGAAAGAUAUAUGCAUCUCAUUUCUAUGGGAUUCAACCAAAUAUAAAUAAUUAUAAUGUAACUCAAAGAAGUUUAAGAUGUCACCAUCUUCAUUAUAUUGAUAUUUAAAAUCAUAAUCAGAAAAACGUGAUCUUUUGAUUGGAUUAUCACACCUUGAUUAAAUUAAUGGUGAUAUACAGCAUUUGUAUAUUUAUCUGCAGUGCGCAUUGCAAUUAACAAUCAAUUAAGCGAUUGUGGUGACAUCAGAUAUUUAUAAACAUGUGUCAACAUUAUCUUUAAUUUGGGCGAAAAUGUAAAGAAAACAAUAGGAAAUUAAUCAACAUUUUGCUUAUUUUCGCAUUUAAUGUUAUUUUCGUAAGCGAUUUUGACGCACACAUAAAGUAUUUGCUUUACAGAAUACAGAAUAUGAUUUUUGUUAUUUACAAACAGCUCUUUUCUUUUCUAUGAACGACAUUCCUUCCAGUUGUAAAAUAUCAAACACGAAAUCCCCGAUACUGCAAAAUAUAAGAAUAUGAGAGUACUGUUCUGUUAAAAACGGGGAAAAAAAUAUUAUCAUAUUUCAUAUCUGUAAGGAAAAUGUGGCAGCCAUAUUACUUUUUUCUAUAUUAAAUAUUUUAGCAAAUUUUUAUACACGUGAUUUAAAGUAUGAUUUUAAAAGUACGAUUUUAACAACUUCAAGCGAUUUCGGUCACACAUUAAACCGGAAUCCACCUAAGAACAGGAUAUACCGGAAUACAUUUUCCAUAACCGGAAUACACCUGUAUUUUGUAAGUUAAAGGUAUUUUUGAAGUUGUUUUUUUUAAACAUAUAUAUAUCAUAAAUGAAUAAAAUACGAAAUUUUCAUUACCGAAAUACACCCUUAUUUUAUUAAUAAAUGGUAUUUUUGUAGGGUUUAUUGCAGAAAUCAUUCAUGUAUAAUAUAAAUAAUAAGUUUCAGAAGGAUAAAUAAAAUUCUUUAACGCAAAACGAUUUUAUAAAUUAAGAGACUGAAAUUCGGCGACCACGCGGGAAAUUGCCAUAACUGAAAUACACCCGUAUUUUUUCAACAAAUGGUAUUUUUGAAGUGAUUUAUGACUGAAUUCAAACAUAUAGUUCAUAAAUUAUUAUUUUUCAAAAGGAAAUUAAAAUACUUUUGCGCGUUACUUCUUGUACAUAUUUGAAAAUCGGCGUGCGCACUGGAAAUUUGUGCAUUCGGAAUUUCCAUGUCCAAAAAUUCUCUAAUGUACACAGGUAUUUCUUUAAUAAAUCGUAUUUUUAGGGUUUAUGAUAGAAUUCAAUCAUAUCUCAAAUAAAUAAUUAAUUAACAAAAGGAAAAUAAAAUGCACAAAACGUUUUUAUACGAAGUUGAAAAUUUGUUGAGCGCACGGGAAAUUUGCGCACUCGUGGAUGAAUCGCCAUAAUUUUGUUAGCUUUUAAAUUAAAUAAAAGCUUAUCAUAUUUAACUGCACUUACCUUGUUAGACAUUAUUUGUCACAUGUCACUUGUGUGUGCUUACAAAUAUACUGCUUAAUUGAUAUAAUCAAUAGGUGUGAUAAUCCAAUCAAACUCUAUCAAGACUAAUCAGAGGCACGUGUUUGUUACGCCGCAUAUAUUCAAAGAACAUUAAUUGUGCUUUGGCAAUAACUGCAGUAAACGUUUUUAUAUUCAUAUAUAAACAUGAUAUAAUUCUUUUAAAAACUGAUUUUUCAUAAUAUAUUUUCUUCUUAAAUUAUCAAAGUAAACAUGAAGAAUUAAUUCAAUUAGUUCCAAUAAUAAACAUACGGCCGAUCCUUUCCGGUCAGAGCGGUUUAUUCACUGACAUGUAUUUUAUGUAUGAUUCAUUUAAAAAUAGAAUAUUUAUAUAGAUCUAUAUAUUCAUAUUUUCUAAAAUAUGCAAAAUGGAAGAAAUAUAAAAUGAAAACAAACAACUAUUUCUGAGGGGUCGAAAUGUCUUGGGGUCGAAUUGUCCAAGAAAAUUAAAUUUUGGGGUUGAAAUGUCUUGGGGUCGAAAUGUCCUUGGGUCGAAACGUCCAAGAUUCCUAGCCGGCACUACCUAUAUGGGUAGAAGUAAAAAGGGCUCAACUUCAGAAUCUAUUUGCAAAAAGUUACGUUGUCCUGUCUUGAAAGGUCGCUUCGUUGUUUGUGCAUGUAAAAACAGAGUAUAUAUACUGUUUCUACGGCAAUCUCGGCUUUUUACUUGUUCGCGUAUAGCUGAUCACUCAGUAAAAGGUACAGAAUUUAGCUAGUUCCCGUAACAAUAACAAUCAAAGAUGGCCGAAGAGGAAGCCGUCGCCGGCUUAAAUAGUGGAAAAACAGUCAAAAGACGGAAGGAAAAGCUUUGUUUUGGUUCGUAGAAAACACAGGGUGUUGCUUAAACAUGCCUUUCAGUACAACAAACAAACACUACAAAUUUGAGGCCCAUUGAAAACUUGGGCAGAAGUUAAAAAAGAAAAAAAAAAAAAAAAAACAACAAAAACAAAAACACGCGGUGCCAGUACCUAAUCCGAAUGUAAACUUGUGCAAGGUGAUGGCAGCAUACUCUGCUAGUAAGAGUUCUGUUGACCUUGCCAUAGACCCCCUGAUCACCUGCAAGCUGUGUCUGACAGAGUACACCAAACACAAUACCUAUACCCUGCAAGACUGUGGUUGCAUCUACUGUGAAUCAUGUGUACGACAGUAUUUAGUUGUGAUGAUAACAGAGGGGAAUGUUCUCUCUAUAACAUGUCCUGAUGCUCAAUGUAGAAAACAAGGAAAAAUUCUUCCCUGUGAGGUCAAGAAACUUGUUGAUGAUAAAAGCUUUAUAAGAUACAGGAAAAUCAGAUAUCAGAAAGAGGUUGACCUUGACCCUAACAGAACAUUUUGUCCAGAAGCUGGUUGUGAAACAGUGUGCCAUGUAUGUAGUACAUCUACCAGCGAGGCCAUAAGUAGACCAACUCCAGUUGACUGUCCAAAGUGUCGUUUAAAGUUUUGUUCUGUGUGUAAGUCAAGAUGGCACCAGGCAAAGUCAUGUGAUGAAGUUAUAAUGGAGGAUCAAGGAAUUCCAUUUAAUUGUGUCGAGGAGUCAGAAAUUAAACGAUGUCCAGUGUGCCAUGUCCCUAUAGAGAGAAAUGAUGGUUGUGCUCAGAUGAUGUGUAAACGAUGUAAACAUGUUUUCUGUUGGUACUGUCUCACUUCUCUAGAUGAUGAUUUUUUGUUACGGCACUAUGACAAGGGACCAUGCAAAAACAAGUUGGGACAUUCCCGGGCAUCUGUGAUAUGGCACAGGACACAAGUUAUAGGUAUCUUUGCUGGUUUUGGAGUUCUGUUACUUGUUGCCUCACCAUUCCUGUUACUAGCAGCGCCCUGCAUUUUGUGCUGUAAAUGCAAAGUGUGCAAGUGUUGUGAAGAUGAUGAUGGGGAACCAACAUCCACCUGACCAUGUCAUGUGACUUUAUUCAUCCAAUCAGGUUUGCCUUGGCUGCAUUGUAUGACUUGAUGGAAGUGUGUCAUGUGAGAGCAGUACAGACAUAGAGACAACAACCAGCUUACAAUACCUGAACACACAUUAUCACCAGUUGAAAACCACCAGUUUUAUUAUUGUAAUGUAAAAUGCAUACAUUUGUGUCUUGGGAAAAAAACACCCUGUGAUUCUAAGUCUAGUUUUUGAAUCUAAACUUUUGUCAGUUUUUAAAAGUGAUGACAAACAUUUAAACUCAUGCCAAAUUGAUACAUAUGUCAUGAAGAUACUGGUGUCAUUGUGUAUAUAGUGAUGUCAAAUGUAUUUUGUGCUUUUAAAUGCGUUCUGACUUACCUGUGAUCAGUGUAUUGUGACAUCUUUUGUCAGUUACCUGUGGUUGCAACCACUAUUGUGAGUCACAUUGGUCAGAGUGUUGUGAUCUCUAUUGUUUGUCACAGGUGUGCAGUGAGAGUGUUGUGACCACUAUUGUAAGUCACAAUCUAGUCCCUACAUUCCAGUCAGUAGAUAGAAAAAAGACAACCACUUAAAAGUGUGUAUAUCAUCUGUAUAUAUUCCAAAAUUGUAUUUAUCAUGUUUCUUUACAAACCAUCACUUAUUGAUGAAAUACUUAUUUAAGAUAUGUGUAAAGAUAAGAUAGUUAUGUUGUUAUUAAUUGGUUAUUAAGUUUUUUUGUACUGUGAAGACUGAACGACACCUUAUUCUAUUUUUGGCUUAUUUGAAGCAGAGGUUCUGGGUGAACUGUUGGUACAGGAGGAUGGUCCAGUGUCAACAUUUUCUCUUUAAAAAUCUCCCUGAAACUAUUGAUUAGAAUUACACCAAAUUUUGUAGCAUUCUGGCAAAGUACCAUCUAAAGAUUGUUCGAAUGAUUUCAUUUGACCACUAAAAAUAGAAAAAGCUUUAUAAUUAUGAUUUUAUCUCAUGAACAACUUGAUGGAUGUUCAUCAAACUUGGUCUGCAGCAUUCUUGUAAGGUCCUUUCAUAUAUUUGGCUAAAUAGGGGCACUUGUCUCUUUUCUUUUUAAAGGCUGCCACAGCUAAGAAUUUAAAAAUCUUUCCACAACUUCUCAUGAACCACUUGAUGAAUCAAACUUGAUCUGUAGCAUUCUUGUAUGGACCUCGCUCAAGUUUGUUCAAAUGGUUCCACCUGACUAUUUUGAGGUGUGCUGGGUCUUAAAGCAUCCUUGUUAAACUUUUUUCAAGUUUGUUCCAAUUUUAGGGUCUAAUGGAAUUGAAAAUUAUUAUAGAGAAACCUUUAAACUACCUUUUCUUGUGUUUCUGUUUAUAAGAUUAAGAAAAUAUCCAUCCUGUAAUUUCUGUUGAUAUUUCUGACAUAAAGUCUUGACUCAGCUGAUAUUCACCUCAUUUUCAGCUGCAGAUCUGAAAGUUUUUCCAUAAUUGUAAGUCAUAUAAGAGGUCAGAUUGCCCCUAUAUUGAUGUAUACAUGCAUAAUUUUGAAGGUUAAUAUUAAUUGAGGAUUUACUGGUUGAUAUUUCUUCCUGGCAUCGGUAUCGGAGUCACACCUUUGUUCAAGUUUGGCAUGCAAGUAUGUAUAGCUAUCAUUUAAAGGCAAAUAGCUUUGAAACUUAUUUUUUCUUUUUCUAGCUCAGUUACCAACCACACUGGGUCAAGUCCCAUAUCUCUGACAUGUAUUUUGGCCAAAUUUUGCCCCCUUUUGGACUUAGAAAUCCUUUACAUGCAAGUUUCUAUCUCAAAAAAUAAUGCAGGUACUGGAUUGAGAAUCUAUAGAUAUUUUAACAUUUAGGGUAAUAUUCCUGCUUCUGGGUCAGCAGUUUGACUAGUCAAGCAUUAGCUGUCUUACGGACAGCUCUUGCUGUUUCUUGUGCUUGUAAGAAUUUUCAACCCAAUAUUAGCAUUCAAAAAGUUGUUCUAUAGGAAAAAAUUGUGUACUGUGUUGUUGCAUUGUCAGCUUCAUCUACAUUGUUCAUCUAAAUUGAAAAUGUUCUUUCCUAACUUUAUAUAUCAGUAAUAUGUCUACACAAAAUGUAUAGUGUAAGUGACAUUUUAUUUUUCCCAGAAAAAAACACACGCACAAAUAUAGAAUUAUCUGCAGUAACAUGUGAGUACUUCAGGAAUAACAUUUAAAGUGGUCAGUCAGAUUUUGGUCAUGUAGUGGACUUGACUGCAUGAAACUUUGAACAUCUUAGAUAUAUUUAGUUAUUCUCAAAAUCUGAGUUUUCUGACCUGGUUUUCCAACUAAGAUAGGACUUUUAAGCAUUAAAUAAAUUUGACUUAUUAUUCGUUAAACAUUUUUUGCAUAAGAAUUGAUUGGGAUAUAAGAACAUUUUACAUACUUGUCAAAAACUUUUUGAAAAUGAAAAUGGUAUGUAUAGCAACAGUUUGAUAGAAAUACAUGGCAGCAAUUCAACAGAAAUACAAUUUCCUAAAAUUUUGAUUAUCUCCCUUUCGCAGGAUUGAAAAUAAGUUGAUUCUAAAGCUUCAGGUAAUUUUAAAACUUGCCUCUCCUUAUUAAAAUCAAAAGAAGUACUCAGCUGUUAAAAUAUUUUCACCUUUAAAGGAAGUAAGUAAACAAAAAAUUAGAUGGCAGUUAAACAUACAUUUCUUACUUGGAUCUAAGUCUGUGUUACAGGCCUUUUUGUUCCUGUAAUAAAUCUAACAGAAUAAAUGAAAAAGUGAAAACUGUUAUAAAAAUGUUGCUUUAAAUAAGCUAGACAACUUUUAAUCAGUUGUGAUACACAAGUAGGAAAAUGGCACUGCAAUGAUAUAGAAAUUUUAAAAGCAUGUUGCUUGCAAUACCUCUACCUUUAUUGAAGAAAUUUAUAGAUAAUAUAUUUUAAGAAAUGUUCUUUAUUGAUCCAAGAUCCCUACAUGUUUUCUAGGGGAAAAUGUGCAUUUAUGAAUUGUAUAGUUGAUGCUGAAUUUUGAAGAUGUUUUUAGCUCACCUGUCACAAAGUGACAAGGUGAGCUUUUGUGAUCGCGCGGUGUCCGUCGUCCGUCCGUGCGUCCGUCCGUAAACUUUUGCUUGUGACCACUCUAGAGGUCACAUUUUUCAUGGGAUCUUUAUGAAAGUUGGUCAGAAUGUUCAUCUUGAUGUUAUCUAGGUCAAGUUCGAAACCGGGUCACGUGCCCUCAAAAACUGGGUCAGUAGGUGUAAAAAUAGAAAAACCUUGUGACCUCUCUAGAGGCCAUAUAUUUCACAAGAUCUUCAUGAAAAUUGGUCAGAAUGUUCAUCUUGAUGAUAUCUAGGUCAAGUUCGAAACUGGGUCACGUGCCUUCAAAAACUAGGUCAGUAGGUCUAAAAAUAGAAAAACCUUGUGACCUCUCUAGAGGCCAUAUUUUUCACAAGAUCUUCAUGAAAAUUGGUCAGAACGUUCACCUUGAUGAUAUCUAGGUCAUGUUCGAAACUGGGUCACGUGCCCUCAAAAACUAGGUCAGUAGGUCAAAUAAUAGAAAAACCUUGUGCCCUCUCUAAAGGCCAUAUUUUUCAUGGGAUCUGUAUGAAAAUUGGUCUGUAUGUUCAUCUUGAUGAUAUCUAGGUCAAGUUCGAAACUGGGUCACGUGCGGUCAAAAACUAGGUCAGUAGGUCUAAAAAUAGAAAAACCUUGUGACCUCUCUAGAGGCCAUAUAUUUCAUGAGAUCUUGAUGAAAAUUGGUCAGAAUGUUUACCUUGAUGAUAUCUAGGUCAAGUUCGAAAGUGGGUCACGUGCCGACAAAAACUAGGUCAGUAGGUCAAAUAAUAGAAAAACCUUGUGACCUCUCUAGAGGCCAUAUUUUUCAUGGGAUCUGUAUGAAAGUUGGUCUGAAUGUUCAUCAUGAUGGUAUCUAGGUCAAGUUCAAAAGUGGGUCACGUGCCUUCAAAAACUAAGUCAGUAGGUCAAAUAAUAGAAAAACCUUGUGACCUCUCUAAAGACCAUAUUUUUCAUGGGAUCUGUAUCAAAAUUGGUCUGAAUGUUCAUCUUGAUGAUAUCUAGGUCAAGUUUGAAACAGGGUCAUGUGCGGUCAAAAACUAGGUCAGUAGGUCUAAAAAUAGAAAAACCUUUUGACCUCUCUGGAGGCAUAUAUUUCAUGAGAUCUUCAUGAAAAUUGGUCAGAAUGUUCACCUUGAUGAUAUCUAGGUCAAGUUCGAAAGUGGGUCACGUGCGGACAAAAACUAGGUCAGUAGGUCAAAUAAUAGAAAAACCUUGUGACCUCUCUAGAGGCCAUAUUUUUCAUGGGAUCUGUAUGAAAGUUGGUCUGAAUGUUCAUCUUGAUGAUAUCUAGGUCAAGUUCGAAACAGGGUCAUGUGCGGUCAAAAACUAGGUCAGUAGGUCUAAAAAUAGAAAAAACUUGUGACCUCUCUAGAGGCCAUACUUGUGAAUGGAUCUCCAUAAAAAUUGGUGAGAAUGUUCACCUUGAUGAUAUCUAGUCAAGUUUGAAACUGGGUCAUGUGCCGUCAAAAACUAGGUCAGUAGGUCAAAUAAUAAAAAAACCUUUUGACCUCUCUAGAGGCCAUACUUUUCAUGGGAUCUGUAUGAAAGUUGGGCAGAAUGUUCAUCUUGAUGAUAUCUAGGUCAAGUUCAAAAGUGGGUCAACUGCGGUCAAAAACUAGGUCAGUAGGUCUAAAAUUAUUAAAAUCUUUUGACCUCUCUAGAGGCCAUAUUUUUCAAUGGCUCUUCAUGAAAAUUGAUCUGAAUGUUCACCUUGAUGCUAUCUAGGUCAGUUUCGAAACUGGGUCACUUGCGGUCAAAAACUAGGCCAGUAGGUAUAAAAAUAGAAAAACCUUGUUACCUCUCUAGAGGCCAUAUUUUUCAUGAGAUCUUCAUGAAAAUUAGUGAGAAUGUUCACCUUGAUGAUAUCUAGGUAAAGUUCAAAAGAGCAUCACGUACCUUCGAAAACUAGGUCAAUAGGUCAAAUUAUUGAAAAACCUUGUGACCUCUCUAGAGACCAUAUUUUUCAAUGGAUCUUCAUGAAAAUUGGUCAGAAUUUUUAUCUUGAUAAUAUCUAGGUCAAGUUCAAAACUGGGUCACAUGAGCUCAAAAACUAGGUCACUAUGUCAAAUAAUAGAAAAAACGAUGGGUCAUGUGGGAAGAGGUGAGCGAUUCAGGACCAUCAUGGUCCUCUUGUUUUAACAACAUGCCAGACAUUACAGCAGUAUAUUUUUUUUUCUAGAAUGAUAUAGAAUUUCUAUAUAGCUAAUAGGCAGUAUGAAAAACACAGACAUACCCACUGCUGAACUAGACAGCAAAGGGAUAAAAGAUGAAAGGGCAAGGCAUACCUGACAAUGAGUUAAUUUCAUAUGAAAGCCACCCUCAGGCUUUUCAUAAUGCUGAAAGAAUUUUUAAAAUCGGACCACGACUGAAAAAGAUAUGGAAACAAGAUGGCCACCCUAUUGAUCAAAUUUUUAAAUGCUCAUAACUUACUCAUUUUUAAGCGGAUUUUGAAAAUUCUUUCACUUCUUUAAAUGAUUUAUGAAAUUCUAGAAGACAGAAUUUACAUAAGAAAACAUUGCCUUUCCCUUGAAGUUUAGGUCUUAUUUAGACAAGUCUGACAAAAACAUUAAACUUUCCAUGAUUUUACUUCACACCUUGUUCCCUGAAUGUCUUUGAGAAGGCCUGUUGAUAAUAGUUUCAAAAUUGGCACCAUGAACUACUUAAUUACAAGAAGCCUUGUUCAAAAGGACAGUGUAAAUGUCGCAUUCAGUGUUUAAAUAUGUCAAAAUUGUACAGCAAGUUAAAUUUUGCCACUGUUUAUAUUACAAAAUAAUUUUUUUAAUAAACUUAGAGGAUAAUGCAGUAAACUAAAGAUGAGAUUAAUCGAAACAGUCUGUGAUGUUUUAAAUAAUUUAUUUCCCUAAUAAAUAAAGGAAACCAAAUCUGGGUGUUAUUCUUCAACACAUUCACUAUUUUAUGUCACAGUUAUGAUGACGUAGCCUUAAACUUCAGAGUGGUGUGCUGGAAAAGGAAAGGAUAUAGAUAAUAAUUCUUGAUAACAUGUUAAAAUCAAAAUAAUGUAUCUCUAACAGUGAUUUGUUCUCGAAUAAACUUAUUAUUUGUCAUCCAGAGGCGAAUUAUUUAUCACUUAGGCUGUGCCCUUUUGAUAUAAUUUCUUUGCAUCUGAAUGAUUUUGUUCAACAACAAAUCACAGUUUGGGAUAUAUUAUUUCUUAAAUAGCUUGGAACAUGAUUUUCUGCUAACAGUGUUGGUUGGUUUGUUGUUGUUUUUUUCCAGUUCAGUGUAAAGUGUAGAAAUGCUUUAUAUCGGUACAGUGUCAGUGAUAGGUGUUGUGCAAUAAUGAUGAUAGCUUAUAUUUUGAUGACUAAUUGUAAAGAGUGCAAAUAUUUUGCUCACUCCUGCUAUAUAUGUUCUGUUCUGUUCUGUUAUGAUCUGCUAUUUAAGUACUGAUAACCAGUUUUAUCAGCUAGAUAAGGUUGCAUCAGUUAUACUGCCAUAUUUUUCGCACAAAACUAUGAUUAUAAUUAUAUCCAUUGUUUAUUACUGUUCUUUCCUGACGAAAGUAUGUAGCCAAAAUGUUGGCAUAUUAGUAAAUUGACUGCGUGUUUGAUUUUUAUCCACUACAUUAUUGUUGAUAAACCAUAAUUCAUCAAAACCUAUUGUUACUAAUAAUGGAAGUAUCUGAACUGUCAAUCAAACUUUGCUAUCAGUAUUAACGGAUAAGAAUAGAUUUGUUCUGUAAAAUUUCAGACUGAAGCAAUAUGAUUGGAUUUGUUACAUUGCAUUAAAUACCCAUGUGAAUGUUUUAAAUAGAUUAAUAAUUCUUUGUUAUGAGAAAAGUGAAUGAAAAAGCACAAUGUACAUUUUCUAAUUUGAUGCUUGAGAUUUUUCUCCAAUUCAGAUACACCAUUUGACUUGAAAAAUUGAGUGCCGAUUUUUGUUAAAAGAAAUUUACGUGAUGUGGUAAAACUUUCACUUUUUUAGCUCACAUGUCACAAAGUGACAAUGUGAGCUUUUGUGAUCACGCAGCGUCCGUCGUCCGUGCGUGCGUGCGUCCGUGCGUCCGUGCGUGCGUGCGUAAACUUUUGCUUGUGACCACUCUAGAGGUCACAUUUUUCAUGGGAUCUUUAUGAAAGUUGGUCAGAAUGUUUAUCUUGAUGAUAACUAGGUCAAGUUCGAAACUGGGUCAACUGCGAUCAAAAACUAGGUCAGUAGGUCAAAUAAUAAAAAAACCUUGUGACCUCUCUAGAGGCCAUAUUUUUCAUGGGAUCUGUAUGAAAGUUGGUCAGAAUGUUUAUCUUGAUGAUAUCUAGGUCAAGUUCGAAACUGGGUCAACUGCGAUCAAAAACUAGGUCAGUAGGUCAAAUAAUAAAAAAACCUUGUGACCUCUCUAGAGGCCAUAUUUUUCAUGGGAUCUGUAUGAAAGUUGGUCAGAAUGUUCAUCUUGAUGAUAUCUAGGUCAAGUUCGAAACUGGGUCAACUGCGAUCAAAAACUAGGUCAGUAGGUAAAAUAAUAAAAAAACCUUGUGACCUCUCUAGAGGCCAUAUUUUUCAUGGGAUCUGUAUGAAAGUUGGUCAGAAUGUUCAUCUUGAUGAUAUCUAGGUCAAGUUCGAAACUGGGUCAUGUGCCGUCAAAAACUAGGUCAGUAGGUCAAAUAAUAAAAAAACAUUGUGACCUCUCUAGAGGCCAUAUUUUUCAUGGGAUCUGUAUGAAAGUUGGUCAGAAUGUUCAUCUUGAUGAUAUCUAGGUCAAGUUCGAAACUGGGUCAACUGCGAUCAAAAAGAAGGUCAGUAGGUCAAAUAAUAAAAAAACCUUGUGACCUCUCUAGAGGCCAUAUUUUUCAUGGGAUCUGUAUGAAAGUUGGUCAGAAUGUUCAUCUUGAUGAUAUCUAGGUCAAGUUCGAAACUGGGUCAACUGCGGUCAAAAACUAGGUCAGUAGGUCUAAAAAUAGAAAAACCUUGUGACCUCUCUAGAGGCCAUACUUGUGAAUGGAUCUUCAUGAAAAUUGGUUAGAGUGUUCACCUUGAUGAUAUCUAGGUCAGUUUCGAAACUGGGUCACGUGCCUUCAAUAACUAGGUCAGUAGGUCAGAUAACAAAAAAACCUUGUGACCUUUCUAGAGGCCAUAUUUUUAAUGGGAUCUGUAUGAAAAUUGGUCAGAAUUUUUAUCUUGAUGAUAUCUAGGUCAAGUUCGAAACUUGUUCAACUGUGGUCAAAAACUAGGUCAGUAGGUCUAAAAAUAGAAAAACCUUGUGACCUCUCUAGAGGCCAUACUUUUCAACGGAUCUUCAUGAAAAUAAGUCAGAAUGUUCACCUUGAUGAUAUCUAGGUCUUGUUCGAAACUUGGUCAGUGUUUUUAAUAACUAGGUCAGUAGGUCAAAUAGCUAAAAAGCCUUGUGACCUCUCUAGAGGCCAUAUUUUUCAUGGGAACUAUAUGAAAAUUGGUUUGAAUGUUCAUCUUGAUGAUAUCUAGGUCAGGUUUGAAACUGGGUCAACUGCGGUCAAAAACUAGGUCAGUAGGUCUAAAAAUAGAAAAACCUUGUGACCUCUCUAGAGGCCAUACUUUUGAAUGGAUCUUCAUGAAAAUUGGUCAGAAUGUUCACCUUGAUGAUAUCUAGGUCUUGUUCGAAACUGGGUCACGUGCCUUCAAUAACUAAGUCAGUAGGUCAAAUAAUAAAAAAUCUUGUGACCUCUCUAGAGGCCAUAUUUUUCAGUGGAUCUUCAUGAAAAUUGGUUAGAAUUUUUAUCUUGAUGAUAUCUAGAUCAGAUUCAACACUGGGUCACAUGAGCUCAAAAACUAGGUCACAAUAUCAAAUAAUAGAAAAAAACGACAUCAUACUCGGUUUAAAACUGGGUCAUGUGGGGACAGGUGAGCGAUUCAGGACCAUCAUGGUCCUCUUGUUUUAAUUAUUAAUUAUUACAUGAGCUUUUAAGAUAAUUUUUUAUUAGUAACAGAACCUAUGUGAUCAUCAUUUACUGAUCAAUUUGCAGAUAUCUCCAGUAUUUUCAUUCUGAGAUUUUUUCACAUUUAAACAUUUGUCAAUUAUUUUUCACAUUGUUAUUAGGUCUCAGAGUUUGUGUCAUUGAUAUAUAAUGUUUAUCAUGAGGUUGCAUGAUAUUAUUGCAGUUUAGGAUUAUUGGCUGUCCAUUGCCCAUCUGUCCACAAUUUCAAAAUGCCAUUUUUUACCAAAUUUCAUAGGAAUAUACUUUCGAUGGACCCCUUGCAGACUACCUCAAAUUGCAGAAUUCUGAUUGCCAUGGCAACCAAAAGAUCUUCUUAUAGAGCACUGGUCCAGUUUAAAGAGUUUAUUCACAGCAAUGUUUCUUUCUUCUCUUCAAAAAAUGCUUGCCCCAUUAUAUAAUUUUCUUAUUAUUUUACUUUGGGACCCUCUAUGAAAAUUGUCCAUUCAAGCUUUGAAACUCAGGUGAGCUAUCUAGGGACACCAUAGCCCUCAUGUUUUGUUAUUGUUUUUAUUGACAGAUUGCCACAUCUCUUGCUUCUUUAUUCUUGUGCUAUGUUUUAUAUGUUUUCCAAUCCUGCUGGCCAGGUUGGUAUUCAGAUACUGUGUCACAGCAGUUUUCAUUCACAGUUACUCUUCUUCUCAAACAUGAUAAAUUGAAGCUACAGGUAGCAUUUACUGACAUAAAAGGUGUGUAAAAAGUUUAUUCCUGUUAGACAAAUAGCUGUAUAAUCUUUAAAUGGCUAUAUAAUCUUACUGAGAUGUAAAACAGAUAUAGAAAUGUCAUUGCUGUAUGGAGAAAGUUUAUGAUCAUGAUACAGGCUUUAUUACUGCACAAGGUAGAUGUAAGUUUGGCUUGUUUCCUGUCAUACAGGGUGCCCCAGAAUAUCUGUUACCAUUUCAAACGCUUAUAAUUCUUAAUUGGAGUAAACACCCUAUAUAAAUGUUAUAUGACAACAUUGUAUACAUAAUAAAGUUUAAUUUUGUGUGCAUAAUACUACAGAAUAUAUUACACAUACUGAAAAUAUCAUGUAAGUCUAUUUCAGCACAUGUUUCACAUGACGUCUCUUUUGUUAGCACAGGUGAGUUUUUGUGAUUGCGCGAUGUCAGGCGUCUGUCUGACGUCUAUCAACAUUUAGCUUGUGUAUGCGGUAGAGGCUGUAUUUUUCAGCUGAUUUUCAUAAAAUUUUGUCAGAAUGAUUACCUUGAUGUAAUCUAGGCCAAGUUCGAAAAUGGGUCAUCUGGGGUCAAAAACUAGGUCACUAGGUCCAAUCAAAGAAAAACCUUGUGUAUGCGAUAGAGGCUGUAUUUUUCAAUUGAUCUUCAUGAAUGUUUGUCAGAAUUAUUACCUUGAUGAAAUCUAAGUCAAAUUUGAAAAUGGGUCAUCUGGGAUCAAAAACUAGGUCAUUAGGUCAUAUCAAAGAAAAACCUUGUGUAUGCGAUAGAGGCUGUAUUUUUCAAUUGAUCAUGAAUUUUUGUCAGAAUAAUUGCCUUGAUGAAUUCUAGGUCAGAUUCGAAUAUGGGUCAUCUGGGGUCAAAAACUAGGUCACUAGGUCAAAUCAAAGAAAAACCUUAUAUAUGCAAUAGGGGCUGCAUUUUACACCGGAUCUUCAUGAAAUUUGAUUAGAAUGUUUGUCAGGAUGAAAUCUAGGUCGAGUUUGAAUAUGGGUCAUCUAGGAUCAAAAACUAGGUCACCCGUUCAAAUUAAAGAAAAACCUUGUGUAUGCAAUAGGGGCUGCAUUUUACUGCAUUUUCAAAAAAAUUUAGUCAGAAUGAUUGCCUUGAUGAAAUCUAGGUCAAGUUAGAAUAUUGGUCAUCUGUGGUCAAAACUAGGUCACUAGGUCAAAUCAUAGAAAAACCUCGUGUAUGCAAUAGAGACUGGAUUUUUUAUGCCCCCAAAGGGAGGCAUAUUAGUUUUCAACUGUCCGUCCGUUCGUUUGUUCGUUCAUCACGAUAACUUUUUGCAUGAAGGCACUUUACUCGCAAACCUCUGCACCCAGGACCUUCAAACUUCACUUGCUGAUAGUAUUUAUUGAGUACACCACCCCUGCUGACUUUGGGGUUACCAGGUCAAAGGUCAAGGUCACAGGGGCCAACGUUAACUUUUUGCAUGAAGGCACUUUACUCGCGAACCACUGCAUCCAGGACCUUCACACUUCACAUGCUGAUAGUACUUAUUGAGUACACCACCCAUACUGACAUUGCGGUCACCAGAUCAAAGGUCAAGGUAACAGGGGCCAACGUUAACUUUUUGCAUGAAGGCACUUUAUUCACGAACCACUGCACCCAGGACCUUCAAACUUCACAUGCUGAUAGUACUUACUAGUACACCACCCCUACUGACUUUGGGGGUCACCAGAUCAAAGGUCAAGGUCACCAGGUCAAAGGUCAAGGUGCUGCGGGGGCAUUUGUCACCAUUAGUGACAGUUCUUGUUCAGUUGAUCUUCAUGAAAUUUGGUCAGAGUGAUAGCCUUGAUGAAAUUAAGGUCAAGUUUGAAUAUGGGUCAUUUGGGGUCAAAAACUAGGACGAUAAGAUAAAUCAAAUAAAGACGUUUUGUAUGUGAUAGAGGCUGUAUUUUUCAAUUGAGGUUCAUGAAAUUUGAUCAGAAUGAAUGCCUUAAUCAAAUCUAGGUCAAGUUUGAAUGUAGAUCAUCUUGGCUCAAAAACUAGGUCACUAGGUUAAAUUGAAGAAAAUACUUGUUUAC